GAUCGAGAAUUUCAAGCUAAGUGCGCUGUGCACUGGCUGGGAUGGCCUUGUCCUUCUCUGGGCCGGGGCACUUGCACCCGGUCGCGGCGGUGACCAGAGCACCUGGCCGCUUUGAGGAAGGCCUUGGCCCAGGCAAUGCUCGAUCUGGGCGUUCUGAGCGUUCUGGGCGUUCUGUCUCCACACCAAUUCUUCCAGCAGUGGUGGCAGCUGGUGUUGCUCGAUCACGCAGAAGCCGAUUGAAGGCGGUGCCAGGAACUUCCGUAGAGGAAGCCAAAGAAAUGAGUCAGCCAGAUCGCAAAGCCGCCCUUGAGAGGAGCGACCAAAUGGCAAGGAAGAUUUUAGGAGCAGACAAGACUGUGGAGCAAGUGGUGCCAGCUGACUUGUUGCAGAGUGAUGUUGGUAAAGAACUCAAAGUUGCCAUGGAAUCGAUGGUGGAGGUGCUCCACAUACUUUGCUUGGGCACUUUGCUCUUGGAGGAGGCCAAGGACAAGUCUACUGUUGGUUUGCAUGGCUUUGCCUUGGACACGGAAUAUGUCCGCCAGACCGACAGCACCGAAACUACGAUGCCUGCUGCUGCAGUGACGAGUUACGUCAUGAAGCAGCUCUUGGAGAAUUUUCCUGAUGACCCAGUUCUUAGCGAUGAGGACGGGGAGCUUCUCUCCAGAGAUGAAAGCUUUGCAAAGAGCGUGGCAAACUUUUUGACAUCCUUCCAGGUCUUGCCAGGUGCAACUCCGGAGGGUGUAGCUGAGUGGAGCAAGCACUGCAACUCCUAUCCAGAUGGAGUUCCACCCAACAGAUACUGGGUUUUUACACCCAUUGACUCAAACAAGGAGUUUCGAGAUGCCAAGCAAUUCUGCUGCACCCUGUGCUUGAUACAGGAUGGUGAACCAGUUCUGAGCGUCAUGGGUUGCCCCAUGUUGAGUUAUGACCAUCCAAGCAGGAGCACCAGCCACCCCUCAGGCAGUAGCAUUUUCUAUGCUGUCAAGGGCCAUGGGGCAUGGACUCAAUGCGUGAUCAUGCAGAGGGAGACUGGCGUGUACAUGGGCCAGUAUGGUUUGAAAGGAAAGUCUUUGAAGCUCAAAGUGAGCGAGAAGAUUCGACGCGGCAAUGAUGGCCUGUAUGACAUGCUUGGGACAGAACAGCUGCGAAUCGCACAGCACUCCAGAAUGAGGCAAGACAUUUUCCUGGACUCCGAGCGGAUUGCCAAGCUUUUGGGCUCGGAGUUUGCCAAGUUUCAUUUUAUUGACAACUCCAUCAAGUUCAGUUGGCUUGCUCGAGGAGAUGAAGACAUUGCCUGGACCAUCACACAGGGUCUCUAUGACUCUUCCUCCACUUUGCGGAUCACUGAGCAUGCAGCUGGUGCCUUUAUUGCUCAAGAGUCUGGGGCAGUUCUGUCAGACUUUGAUGGCAAGGACAUUGACUGGUCCACUGGGCCCAUUUUGGCCAACAACCGUGGCCUUUUUGCAACGGACCCAAACAAGGUGCCAAAGCAAGCCAUUGUGAAAGCUGCAAAGGAAGCAACUGAAAAGUCUCAAGUCUUGUACGAAGAGAGGUGUGAAAAGAGACGUGAAAAGGCCAAGAUGCUGCGAAAGAUCUUUGAAGAAAUGACCAAACAGGCAGAGACCGAUGAAGAGAUCAAGGGUGCCGAGGUUGUGAAAAGGAGAGGGCUGGAGAUGCUGGACAAUGAUGAGGAGAUGAUGAAGUUGACACAGGAAUCCAUGAACCGAGGUGUCCCCAUCUUGGGUCAACCUCCUACAGCAGAUGCGGAUGCGCUGGAGGGACCUAUCCCCUAUUCGCCCAUCAAUCCAAACUCUGAGUGAAGGCUUUUUCCAGCUCCGAUUCGUGGCCCUGGGCCUCUUUUCGGCUCAAAAGUAGGAGCUAAUCUCAAACACGCGUCGCAUCAUGUGCUAGGAUGAAAA